UUGUUCUCCGAAAAAAAAGAAAAAAGAACGCACUCUUCCUUUGCAUCGGAAGCCGAAAAGAUAUUCCCUUCCAUCACCCUAAUUGGCCGUCAAUAUUACACGGGAGAGACAGAGAGCGUUAAAGCGAAGCAGAGAAGUUGAAAUGAGAUCCAUCUGAAGCAAUAUUUUUAUAUACAAGACUUUUGGAACUAUUCAAUAUUCACUAUUUGGGCAUAAAUAGAGGAAAUGGCUGAAGGAUUAUCAAGCUUUUGGGGUCCAGUCACAUCCACGAUUGAGUGUUGUGAGACCAAUUAUUCUCACUCUUCUUAUAUUGCGGAAUUUUACAACACCCUGUCGAACGUUCCAGCCAUCAUUUUAGCUCUUAUGGGCCUUAUAAAUGCAUUAAGACAACGAUUUGAGAAGAGAUUCACUGUUCUUCACAUAUCUAAUAUGAUACUUUCUAUUGGAAGCAUGUUAUAUCAUGCUACAUUGCAACAAGUGCAACAACAGGGUGAUGAAACCCCUAUGGUAUGGGAGAUGCUCCUAUAUAUGUACAUUCUCUAUUCACCAGAUUGGCACUAUCGAAGUACAAUGCCUACCUUCCUUUUCCUCUAUGGUGCUCUUUUUGCUGUUUUGCAUGCAGUGGUCCGAUUUGGUAUUGGCUUCAAGGUACAUUACGUGAUCUUAUGCCUUCUUUGCAUCCCUCGAAUGUACAAGUACUACAUUCACACUGAGAACAUCUCUGCUAAGCGGCUUGCAAAGCUCUAUGUGGCAACUCUUUUUUUAGGUACAAUGUUUUGGCUAUGUGAUCGGCUGUUCUGUAAGCAGAUAUCAGGUUGGCCUGUCAAUCCUCAGGGUCAUGCCUUGUGGCACAUCUUCAUGGGUUUUAACUCCUACUUUGCAAACACAUUCUUGAUGUUUUGUCGUGCCCAACAACGGGGUUGGGCUCCAAAAGUUGUCCAUUUCAUGGGGGUUCUGCCAUUCGUGAAGAUCGAAAAGCCAAAAACGCAAUGAGAUUAAGUACGUUUUUCUCCUACUAAUUCGAGGUCGUUCUUGUCAAGCUUUUGCUUUUCUGGGUGGACCCAAAGAAUGCUGAAUCGACUUUCGAGCUUGCAUCAAAUUUUCAUUGUAAAACUAGGAUAUGUACAAUAUUUAUAUGCCGUUUUGGGUUUUGGGCAGUCGGUAGUAGAUGCUUUAUCCUUGAAUACUUUAGAUUAUUUUUUUAUCUGCUUUAUAAACAUUAAUGUUUAUGAUGAAAUUGUUUUGGAACUCUUUCAUUGAAUCAUGAAUUCUGAUUAUGUUGGUAAUGUUCUUGGUUGGAUAACUGUAAAUUUGCUAA